AUGGUUGAUGGAAACAGGGUUUGUGCAUCAUAUAGUGAGAAAGGUUACUCCGGCGGAAUUUUCACUGGAAAUGACCCUUUGAAUAAUGUCUACUCGACUAUGAUGUUUCAAAGCAUUUUGAUGUUUUUCACCUCCCAAAUGAUCCACUUUGUUCUUAAGCCUUUGAAACAGCCAAAAAUCCUCUCUAAUGUCUUGAGUGCAUUUAUCUUAGGACCCUCUUUCAUGAGUCAAAACAAGGCAUUCAAGGACAGAUUUUUUCAACCAAAAGAGAUGUUGGCGAUUGUUUCAAUAUCGAGAAUCGGGAUUCUUUAUUUCAUCUUCAUAAGUACAGUGAAAAUGGACAAGGAUAUGUUGUUAAGAACGACAAAGAAGGCCUGGAAUAUUGGCUUGACAGGCUUCCUAAUUCCUUUUACAGUCACCACUGUCACCACUUAUUUGCUACGCGGUUACAUUCUUGAAGCAUCUGGGUUGACCUUCAUUUUUACCUUUAGUUCCAAUAUGUCGCUAAGUUAUUUCUCUGUCGUUGCUCAUGCCUUGAAUGAACUCAACCUCAUAAAUUCUGAGCUAGGCCAGCUAGCUUUGUCUUGUGCAAUAAUCAAAGAUGCAAUUGGAUGGAUUCUCUUGGCGUCUUCAUCACUAAUUAUCCAUCAAGGAGACAGUUUGAAUGGGAUAAUCGCGAGCAAGCUUAGCAUGUUGGGAUUGGUAUUAUUUGCCUUCUUCGUUCUUAGGCCAGCAAUUCAAUGGAUUAUCAGAACAACGCCAGAAGGGAGACCAGUAAAACAAAUUUACACUACUGCAAUACUUCUUGGACCCUUAGUUAUGGGAAUGGCUAGUGAAGCGUUUGAUAAGACUUUUCUGCCGGGGGCUCUAUUGAUGGGCUUAAUUGUACCAGCUGGACCUCCUUUAGGUUCAUCAAUAGUAGAGAAAUGUGAGUUGGUGAAUACAAACUUUUUUAUCCCUUUCUUGUUUGUUCGGAUCGCUAGCUACACCAAUAUAUACGCCAUCACGGAUUGGAAGAAAUUUGUCUUACUUAAUUUGGUCAUCAUCUCAUCAUAUUUAGGCAAAACGGUUGCAACUGUUGUGGGCAUGCUAUUCUCCAGAUCAAGUUUCCGAACUGCUGUCUUACUCAGCUUCAUCUUAAACCUUAAAGGAGUAAUCGACUACAUAGCAGUUUUGCGUUGGAGAACAGUCGGGAUCAUAGAUGAUGAGUUUUUAACUACAUUUGUGUUAUCGCACGUAGUGAUGACUGUGAUUAUAACGCCAUUAAUAAGUAUCUUCUACAAGCCUCAUAUAAGACCGGAAUCAACUCACUGGCGUGAUUUCCACAUGAAGAAUCUUCAAACAACAUCACUUGAAUCUGAAUUACGAAUCCUUUGCUGCCUUCACUUUGAAGACAAUGUUCACAGCGUCAUCACUCUGCUUAAAGUAACCAACACAAGUGGGGAAAAUCCGAUAUGCGCCUAUGUAGUUCACCUCGUUGAGCUUGUGGGUCGAUCGGUACCGCUUUUACUCCAUUACAACACCAGGAAAAAGAGAAUAAUAUCAAAUUCCACAGAUCGUAUCAUGCGUGCUGUCAUGAAAUACUCCAAAACCUCUUAUAUUCCUGUUAACGUUGUACCUUAUACAAUAAUUGCGCCGUACAACACCAUGCACGAAAACAUUUGUAAUCUAGCUAAACAUAGCUACAUCCCGCUCAUUGUUCUUCCCUUCCGUAAAUCUCGAGAAACAAACGCAAAAUCGACCAGCUUGCGCAAUUUUACCCUCAAUGUGCAAGAAUACGCACCCUGCACGGUCGGCAUUUUAUUCGACAGGGGCUUGCCGCGAAGUUUGAGCUCAACCCAGCUCAGAUAUAACGUUGCAGUGCUCUUCAUGGGCGGACCUGACGACCGAGAGGCAAUGUCAUUGGCUGCACGCAUGUCUCGCAACCCGGAUGUGAGCAUUACAGUGUUCAGAAUUUUAAUGGCGGAAGAAAAUGAAAUGGAGAGGAGUCUUGACGACAGUGUAUUAAAGGAAUUCAUGGCAAGGAAUAUAGGAAAUUCAGGUGUGGUGUGUUAUGAGAUAGUAGCUGAGAACACAAUGCAAUUAGUUGAUGCAGUUCGUGAGGCGAACAAUUAUGACCUUGUGAUUGUGGGGAAGAGACGAGGGCCGAAAUCAAGAUUGGAGAAGGAAAUGAAGCCAUGGAUGGAGUACGAGGAGCUUGGAGUCAUUGGUGAUAUGAUUGCAUCCGGGGAUUUUCGCAUGAUGUCUGUUUUGGUGAUACAAAGUUUCGUGGAUUUUGAGGCGAGCAGCCUUCAUUGUAAUAUAGAUAUGACUAGUGAAUCCUCUUACUUCUCAUCGACGUAG